CCAGAACUAAACAAAAGAACAAAAUAAAGAAGGGCGAUUAUGUAGUUUCACCCCGCAGGGCAGAGCCAGGCUAAUGAGUCCAAGAAACUGAGUGAGGAGCCUUAGCCUUAGCAGCAGGUAUUGUUUUGAGGUAAAAGAAAGAGCAUCGAUCGAUUAUGGGAGGGAAUGGAAAGCAGAGAUGGAAAUUCUUCUCCUACAAUCACUCAUCUCCAAAGCAUCCCGAAACCCAACCUCCGCAGGAGUUCCUUUGCCCAAUUUCUGGGUCUUUGAUGUUCGACCCCGUUGUGAUUCCCUCUGGUCAAUCAUUCGAUCGAAUCUCCACCCAAGUCUGCCGCGACCUCGCCUUCACCCACACUCUUCACGACGGCUCUACCCCCGACUUCUCCACCGUAAUCCCUAACCUCGCCAUCAAAAGCACCAUCCUCACCUGGUGCCGCAACCACCGUUCCCAGGUUCCGUCCCCGCCCGAUUACGCCUCCGUCGAGAAAAUCGUUCGCUCCUUGAUUCAGCAGCAGUGUCCUUCGAGGGUUUCUUCGGCUCCCGAUAUUCGAAUCUCCGAACGGGAACUUUUGGAAGCCGUAGCUGAAAAUCCUCCGGUUUUAUUCUCCCACGCCGUUACGGAAAUAGGUCCAUGUGUUAUCAGUAACUUGUUGUGUUCAUCCUCCACCUUCAGCUCAUCCUCUUCCGAUGAAUCUGUUAUUGUUAUCGCCGGUAGUCCUCACACGCCGUUGCCACUCGCCACCCGCCCCGCGUGUUUCUCGAUUUCCGGUUCUUCAUCCUCUUCCGCUGAAAUCGGCGAAUCUGAUUCGCUGAACUCUAAAUCCCAAUCUUCGUCGUUGGAAGAACAAGAGCUCUUUUUGAAGCUUAGAAGUUCUGAUAUUUUCGAGCAAGAAACAGGUUUGGUUUCUUUAAGGAGAAUCACGAGGACUAGAGAAGAGGCUAGGAUUUCUCUUUGUUCCUCUAGGCUACUAUCGGCUCUCCGACCUUUAAUCACUUCCAGAUACAGCGUUGUUCAAAUCAACGCCAUCGCUUCACUCGUUAAUCUUUCCUUGGAGAAGUCAAACAAGGUCGUUAUCGUACGGUCAGGCUUUAUUCCUCUUUUGAUUGAUGCUUUGAAGGCGGGAUCCAGUGAGGCGCAGGAACACGCUGCCGGCGCUCUCUUCAGUUUAGCUUUAGAAGAUGAAAAUAAAAUGGCGAUUGGGGUAUUAGGCUCGUUGCAACCGUUGCUUCAUGCUCUAAGAUCGAACUCCGAGCGCACUCAGCAUGAUUCGGCCCUCGCACUUUAUCAUCUUUCUUUUAUUCAAUCAAACCGCGUUAAACUGGUAAAGCUCGGUGCUGUUACGACCCUGUUAUCAAUGGUGAAACUGGGGGAUUCUGCGAAUCGAGUGUUACUGGUAUUGUGUAAUUUAGCUGCUUGCACGGAAGGGAAAUCAGCAAUGCUGGACGCCAAUGCGGUAGCGAUACUGGUAGGAAUGUUGAGGGAAAGCGAGCUGGUUUCCAAGGCAACUCGGGAGAACUGUGUUGCCGCUUUGUUUGCACUGAGUCACGGCAGCUUGAGGUUCAAGGGACUGGCAAAAGAAGCACGAGCUGUGGAGGUUUUAAGGGAAGUGGAAGAGAGUGGGAGCGAAAUGGCGAAAGAGAAAGCGAGAAGGAUUUUGCAGAUGAUGAGAGAAAGAAAGGAGGAUGAAAAUGAAGAGAUUGAUUGGGAAGCAGCUUUGGAGUCGGGUGGAUUCAGUCGGAGUCGGUACCGAGUUGGUAAAGAUGAUUUAUGUGCAAAUUCUACUGAUUUCUAGUAUAGCUUUUAUCCUUUUGUUUGUGUUGAUAAUUUGUGAUUAUAGUGUGUAUAGGUAAAUUUCCUGAGUGGGUUUUAGGCUUUUAGACCUUUUGUUUUUUGUAUUUAAAAGAAAAUUGGAUCAUGUUAUCUUAUCCAUUAGUGAAAUGGGAAAUCCUUUUGCAAUUGAAAGCUUGGAA